AUGCCGGGCUGGAGUUACUACUGCAACGACGAUUUUCUCCGUCAAAAAAAAAGAGAAAUCGCUUAUCCCAGCAAGGCGGAUGUGCUCCAGUUCCAACCUGUGCUUUGUUUUCUCAGCGUUAUAGGUUCCAGCUCAAUUAUUGCCUAUGCCGUCUUUCAAAAUGCAGUGCGGUCCCCCGAGGUUCGUCCACUUUUCUACCUGAGCCUCUCUGACCUGUUCCUGGGCAUGUGCUGGCUCACUGGGGCGCUCCUCUAUAGCACACCGACCUCCCAGCAGGAUGUCAUCUGCUAUAACCUGCAAGCGCUGGGACAGAUAUUCUACGUGGCCUCUUUCCUGUACACUGCCAACUACACCUGGCAUCUCUACAUGGACCUAAAGAUGAAAUACAAUCAGAACCUUUUCAGGAUGCCCCCCCAGGUUGUAGAUUACGCGAGUUGCAUCGGGCGAAUAGCAACGAUCUCGUCGAGCCUGAUCCCUGUCCUUCUCAUGGUGCCCGUGUUUUGCCUGGGCAACAGCAGUAGUUGCUACCAGAACUUCAGCCAGAAGCACGGGUGUCUCUUGAUGCACAUGGAAAUAGCCGGGCACCCCGACGAGCCGCAGACCCUGAGCGGCCCCGUUUGCCGUGCGAUGCAUUUCUAUGGCAUUGGGGUCUUCCUCAUUUCCUUUCUCAUCAGCUUCGUAGCCAUUCUGGUUAUACUCUGCCAAGCCCGAGUUUUGUACAAAAGGUUUGUAAACUCCACGGGAUUCCUGGGAGAUCAGCAGUGGGCCAUGAUUAAGAUAGUGGAACAACGAGUGGUUUUCUACCCCAUCGCGUUCUUCUGCUGCUGGGCCCCAGCUGUCCUCCUUGGAAUACUGAAGCUCACAGUGUCAACAAACAGCAAAAUCUACAUGGCUCUCCUGAUUCUACAGGCUCUGACGGCGGCUUCCCAGGGGCUCCUGAACUGCAUCGUGUACGGCUGGACGCAGCACGUCUUCCUCUCCCUCAAACGCAGCGCCUGCCGGGACGUCGACACUCAGACCCCGCUCCUGCGCUCCCAGAAGAAGUUCUACGCCAGCACGCUCCCCGCCAGCCCGCCGGACGCCGAGGGCUCCACGUCCACCCUGCUCUGA